AUGCAACAGUAUGGGUGCGUGCUGAAGAGCAAGGCGUCGUCGGGUCCCGGCCGGCUGCUGAUCUUCCGCUCCCACUUCUGCUUCCUGCCCUCCGUCGGCUCUUCGCUCGUGAACGUGCCGGCGGCGGAGGUGAAGUCGGUGACCAAGAAGCGUACCGCCAUCCUGCUGCCCAACGCUCUGUCGGUCGCCACGCGCGCCGGGGCGAAGUACGCGUUCCAUUCGCUGCUCAAGCGAAACGAGGCCUACUCGAUCAUGCGCGAGCAGAUGGAGCAAGCCACCGAAGAGACGCGCCAACGGGGCGGCAAGACCAAGAAGAAGUGA